CUUCUCGAUGCACUUCUAGUUCCCAACAUUGUGAAAAAAAAGUGUGAGUUUUGGCGUGUUGAUUUAUUCUAAUUUUAGAGCAUAAAAUUCGAAAAUUGAUGAAAUUUUUGAAUAUUAAGACCUCAUUCUCAAUUGACUCCCCUCUCUUCCCUCCUCCAAAAAUUAAUUUGGGUAAUUUUUUCAAAUGUUGGGUGGUAGAAGGGCACCGAGGGAUCGUAUCCCGAUUGCACACAGAGGACAUCUUGUAUGGUUUACUUCACCAAUUUUAAAUGAAUCUAUUCGUAUUUGUGAACAAAUGUCUAUAUUGUUCGGAGUUGAAUUCGUAUUUUGUUUAUCUUAUACUCGUUGGUUUCAAUUUUGACGUGAAACAUUGAUGGUACUAUUUUGGUUUAUCUAAAUCCUGUGAUUUGAGAUUCAGUUCGAAUACCAGACAUACGGUACAAUACUUUCAAUUGUUAUUAUACCUAAUUGUAGUUAUCUUUAAAAAUUAUAAGUAGGUAGAUAUAGGUUGACGGCGAUUUAAUUUGUUAAUAAAAAUACAAUCAUUACAUCGAACAAUGGAAGUUUAGAAUUUUACAGUUGUGAAAUUGUUUUCGUGAUAUUAUUUUUUGAAUUAUAUUGAUGUGAUUCCGUUCAUUUAUUGAAGGAGUUAUCCCAGCUUAACUAAAUUAUUUAUAAAAUCGCAUUAUUCAUAGCAAGAUGCCUACCACCUCAUCGACUAGCGGUUUCUUACCCGAAGACAGCAAGUUCUCCACAAAAGCACUUCAUGCCGCACAUUCGCCGGAUAAAUGGUCCUCAAAGGCCAUUGUCACACCUAUCAGCCUUAGCAGCGCGUUUGAGCAAUCUGAGCCCGAUGCAUUGGAAAAAUACGUAUCAUAUAAUUUGUAUGGAUGUCGUCUACGGAGGAAGUAGUCUUUAUUUAAAUGAAAUAGCCAGUCGAUUUCAAAUCAGCGUAUCAUUCGUCGAUUUAUGCGACGUCCAGAAUUUACAAAAGAAAAUGAAACCUAAUACCAAAUUGAUCUGGAUUGAGAGUCCGACCAAUCCUACGAUGAAAGUGGUCGAUAUAGGGAUCAUCUCCGGGUAUGCCAAAUCUCAAAAUCCUGAUGUAAUCGUUGUCGUCGAUAAUACUUUUUUAUCUUCUUAUUUUCAAAAACCUUUGAGUUUAGGUGCAGAUAUAUCCAUGUACUCGUUGUCUAAGUAUAUGAAUGGGCAUGCAGAUGUUGUUAUGGGCGCUGUUGUCACCAAUAGCGAGACCCUUUAUGCUGAUUUAAAGUUUAUUCAACAGGGUUCAGGUGCGAUUCCUUCUCCUUUCGACUGUUACUUGGUUGACAGAAGUUUGAAAACAUUAAGUGUCAGGAUGAAACAACACAUGGAAAAUGGUCUUCGAGUUGCUAGAUUCCUCGAAAGUCAUCCUAUGGUGAUUAAAGUCCUUCAUCCUGGUCUGGAGUCUCAUCCUGGUCAUCAGAUUGCAAAAAAACAAUGGUCUGGAUGUUCGGGUAUGCUGUCGUUUUAUAUAAAAGGUGGUCUCGGGGAGGCGAAAUUAUUUGUCAAAAAAUUAAAGUAUUUUAUUUACGCUGGAAGUUUGGGAGGUUGCGAAAGUUUGAUUGUGAUUCCGUCCUUAAUGUCACAUUUGCCUGUUCCACCUUCAAUUCGUGAAAAACUAGGAAUAUCGGAUAACUUGAUUCGUGUUUCAGUUGGUUUGGAAUCAGUCGAUGACCUGAUUGAAGAUCUUGAUCAAGCUUUUCUUGCUGUUCAAUUGGCUGAAAAUAAAUAAAAUCGUUGCAUUAAUAUUUCAUCGUGUGUAUUUGUUUUUUUACCCCUGUCUG